CGGAUUGCCCAACAGAAUAUAGUGUAACUAAAUGUACUCCUUGCCAAGUCACUCUUUAUCAACUCGCUAACUACUCGAUCCCUGGCGAUCACGCCUCAACGUUGACUUGCGAUCAUUAUAAUCGAUUUGUAGACUUUGUUAUUGCUGACAAUGUAACAACGCCUAUAAAGACGAAUGGGGAUUAUAUGGCAGCUGUUAGAAAAUUUUGUAACUUGAAUAAUCCUUGUCCACAGAAUGUCUCGAUUAAUGGAUAUCAACAGAUUCAAAUAAGUUGUGCCAAAGAGAUCACAAGCGAUGCUUAUCUUAAAGAGGAAUUUGAGAUUUACUAUUAUGCUGUUCCUCAUUAUCAAAAUCUUUGUUUACCGAGCACAAAAUCUGGAUUUUAUGCGUGGUUUAAUAUUCAUCUCGACGAAUUAGACUACAUCGAGAAUAAAUAUGGUCCUGCAUAUCCUAAAAUAUUCUAUAAUCUUUUUCCACCUUCGACAAACAUCACUUUCGUAUUUGAAAAUAAAACUAGUGAUCGCAAAAAAACUGAUAUUCCGAAGGAUAUUUUGUGUAGUUCAGAUUAUUUAGAAUUAGCACUUCUUUAUGGUGAAUAUGUUGCUGCUCAUAAAUUAACUGGUGGAUUCAAAUUCAUAACGGAUCCUAUUGUUGAUUUGCUUAGUAACGUAACCGCAAGGUGUGAUGAUGAUACUCAAACAACUCAAAGUAAUCAACCUACCAAAACUGAAACUGGUGUAGCUGUAACUGUAUCGAUAUCAUAUAUCUCUGGCGACGGAGCAUACUAUCUAGCAAAAAAAGAAUCAAUUCACAGAGACUACGUAGAAAGAACUAGGCCCACCGAAAAUGGUGUUAUUUGUGUAAUGUAUAUACCGAUAUCGUCGACUAAAAAAUCAACAGCUGACAUCGAGUGGACUUUACUCCAUGAUUAUCAUUACCAUGUUUUGAAUUUCUCUUGGUUUUUUCCCGAAAAGUCGACACAUCUUUAUGAAAAAGAAGCGAUGUCAACUCUACUUAACGUUAAAAAUCUUAUAAUACAGAAACUCCAAUCCUAUUCUUUAUCUUCACUUGCAUUAUUAUUAUACCACAAUCAUCGUCUAUUUCCCAAAUCAUCAUUGUCUUCAAUAGCAACGAGCUCUGCCCCAAUAGCAAUAUCCAAAAAUCAAUCAUCAUUACAAAACCCUUUGAUAAAAAACCCUCUAGUAUCAAAGAAUAAUCAAACCACAUCACGUGUCCCUGCUGUAUCUUUACCGAGUAUCUCGGAAAAUGUUGAUAAAAGCAUGGAUGGCAUAACAACUCUGUUGAUGGAAGGCGUGAAAACCGUAUUGAAAAAAUACCCGCAUUGCGUUGUGUUGACACAAGUUGGAAUUUUCUGGGAGAUUUAUUUUCAGCAAGCAUUAAAACUUGCACCAUUGUUAGAUAUUAAGAUAGGUAGAAGAAAAGUAAAAAAAGGGAGAGUACCAAUUGUUGGAUUUCCUGUUCAUGCAUUGGAUAAAUAUCUUCAAAUACUAUUGGAUGAAGGUCACCUAGUAGUUCUCUGCGCUGAAACACCAAACAAAAAUGCAGAAUGCGGUGAUUUAAAAUAUGUAAGAAAUGUCACUCGCAUAAUUACCCCCGGAACACUAAUCAGUGAGAGUUUUCUUGAUCACAACAAAAAUAAUUUCCUACUUGCAAUCGCUUUGGACGAGUCAUUGCAAGACACUGGACUCUCAUGGAUUGAUGUUUCUACCGGGGAAUUCUUUAUGCAAAAAUCUGUGCUCGCUGCAUUGUCUAGUGAUAUUGCUCGUAUUCGCCCAAGUGAAGUCUUGCUGAGUGACGUAUAUAGUCUGUAUCCGGAGCAUCAAAUAUGGAGUCAUAUUGAUCGAGUGGAAUAUUCGAUUUCUUUUGAGUUGAGGAGUACUUUUGACGCAAAGGCCACCUCGUGGGAGGCUGACUUGAAAUCUGAGGGUAUUGAGUUACGUGAAGUGUUUUCGCCGAUUGAGAUGAAAGCUAGUGCUGGAUUGUUCAAGUAUAUCGAGAAAAAUUUGGUUGGGCGUAAAAUUAGAGUGGAGCAUCCGAUUAGAGUUAAUCCGGAGGAUACAAUGAUUAUAGAUGCUACUGCUUUGUCUUCUUUGGAGAUUACUGCUUCAAUGCGCGAUAAUUGUAGAAAAGGAAGCUUAUUACACGCUAUUCAACGAACUAAAACUGCCUCUGGAUCUCGCGUUUUAAAUCGUUGGCUAAGAUUACCUUCAACAUCAUUAGAUGUAAUCACAAUUCGCCAAGACUUGGUUGAAUAUUUCUACAAUAACACACACUUAACCAGUGAUAUACGCGUUUUCUUGGAAGAUUGCAGUGACGCACAAAGAACGACUCAACGAUUAUCACUAGACUAUGGGGGAAUUGAAGAUUACAUAAAGUUAAAACGUACCAUCAAAUCAAUAAACGAAAUUGAAAAACGUAUACGAGAGGAAUUACCAACGACUCCGAAUAAUUCUGUGGAAAAUUUUAUCGAUCGAUUACAGUCACAAGAUGAUUUGAUGAAUACAAUUGAUAGUGCAUUAAAUGAAGAAGCGUUGAUUAAGAUGCAGGAAGCUAAUAUUGAACUAAAUGUUCAGUCGAAUCCUAAUGUUAUUAACGACGAUAAAAAUAAAGAGUCACCACGUUAUGGUAGGAGGAAAACAAAUCAGAAUAAAUCAUUUCCACAAGCGCCAUCACCACCACAAGACUCGUUUUUCGACGAUAAAAGUACUGAUAAUUGGUAUAUAAAGAAAGAUUAUUCGGCAGCAUUAAAAAGAUUGCAUUUGAAAUUAGAUAAUUGGUAUCUCGAGAAAAAUUUGCUUAUAGAGCAAUUGAAAAAAGAACUGGAUGUAAAAAAAAUUAUCUUAUCACAUACCCCUCAUGGAUUUGUUGCGACUAUCAAUCGCAAAGAGGAAGAUCGGUUUCAAAAAGCUUCGUCCCUUUUACCCUUUUCAUUAACAGAAUUGAAACCUACUUUUGUGAAAAGAGAUCAAAGACAUGCGAUAUAUUUUAUUCCGCAAUGGAAUCAAUUGGGUGGAAAAAUUGAGAAUCAUAAAAUUGAAAUACGUAAAUUUGAGAAUAAAAUCUUUGCAGAUUUACGAAGUAAGGUGAUACAAAACUGGAAUCUUACCGUUCAAAAUUCAUGUAUAAUUGAUGAAUUGGACGUGACUUCGUCACUGGCCAUAUUAGCGAAGGAAAUGAAUUUUGUACGACCUGCGAUUAAUAACGGAACAACUCUUAAAAUUAUCGGUGGUCGCCAUCCAAUCGUCGAAACAUCUCUUAAAGAAAAGAACAUCUUUUAUUCAAAAAAUGAUUGCCAUAUCGGUGGCGAUGAUAAAGAACGGGUGUGGUUGAUUACUGGCCCGAACAUGGGUGGCAAAAGCACUUUUCUGCGACAAAAUGCUGUGAUUUCAGUACUAGCUCAGAUCGGUUCUUUUGUCCCUGCUGAUUAUGCUGAAAUUGGAAUCGUUGACCAGAUCUUUAGCAGAGUUGGAGCUUCCGAUAGUUUAUUCCAGAAUCAAUCAACCUUCAUGGUAGAAAUGAUUGAAACAGCUCAUGUAAUAAUGGAUGAAGUAGGCCGAGGAACCACAACAUUGGACGGGAUCGCAAUAUCUUUUGCCUCGUUAUAUCACCUACAUUAUCACAACCGCUGUCGAACAUUAUUCGCCACACAUUUUCACGAGUUGUCGGAAAUGAUACGGGAUUUCGAGAACGCUGCUUGUUAUUGUACUGGUGUUGAUGGUAGUUUUCAUUAUAUACAUCAAUUGAAAGAAGGAGUUAACAAAAACUCGUGUGCUUUGAAGGUUGCACAAUUAGCAGGAAUGCCAUCGUCAGUAUUAAAAGUGGCAGAACAUACACGGAAAUACCUUGGACAACUAUACAAACCAGCAAGCAUCAAAAUGAAUUUUUUGAAAGAACGCGAAAUUAAUAAUAAAAAUGACAAGAUAGAUGGUGACAAAAAACAUCCGGAAGAAGAGUCUACUUUCAAACCUUGGUUGAAAUUUGUAUAUGAGAAAAUACUGGUCUCUGUGUUUUCAUUUUAUGAAUUAGACCAUGGACCCACUCCACUUCAAAAGACCAGUCCGGACCAAGUUUCAUCGGACUACAGCAUCCCUAAAUUCAAAGCUAAAUUG